AGAGAGGAGAGAGGAGAGCGGAAGUGUUCUAUUUUUUCUCUUCGCUUCCCUUUUUUUUCUUCCUUUUGCUUUGCCUCCGCCGUGAUCGAAAGGAGUCAUUCGAACAAUCCAAUUCGACACCGUCGCGCGAGAGAAGGGAGACGAAGUCGUCAAGAGCCAACGGAGCGAAGAAGAAGAAGAAGAAGAAGAAGAAGAAGAGGAAGAAGAAAGACGAGGAUUUCAGGGGAAGACAAAAGGAAGAGGAGGAGGAGGAGGGAGAAUUCGAGCACGCUUUGCGCUCGGAAUCGCCGCGCUCUCUUUCGCAGCUUGGAGGUCCCGAAGACCGGCUUCGGCGCCUGCCCUUCCUCGCAUUCGCGCCCCCAAGGUUCGAUCUUUUCUUCGUCCCUCUGCUUCCCUCUCCCCCGUCCCGCCCGCCGGCUGCAACCCGUGAUCCGCGGAGCAUGCGUUGGCCCUCCGAUCGCAGAGCACGGCGUCAAUCUCCGGAGUAUCUAUAGCGAGCAAUUCGUAUGCAAAAAAAUGUGAUCUUUCUUGAGCUUCCGGCCGCGGAAUUGGUUGUUCCUCUGGUUGGGUUCAGUUCUUCUAGGGUUUUACUCCAGUAUGAUCGCGAUUCUCUUCCGGUGCGAACCCUUUUGAGUUGGUUCGAGCUUGGGAUCUUUGCUCGCGAAGUGGAUGUUUGUCGUCCAUCCUCGCUCUAGGGUUUUGUGCUCCAGAAUUGAGAAUUUCGUUUGAUCGUUCGAAGAUGAGGAGGAGGAGAUUGAUUAUAGGUUUCGCAAUCCGCUGGAAGUGGAUCAAGAUUUAGGUUCUUUUUGGUUGAGAGAAGAGAGUGAAGAAACGAACGGGAACAGUAAUUUUGUAUUGGUCUGGUGAAUUAUAUGGCUACGGUGCACUGAGAAUGCCGACGCCACAGCCUCCCCGGAUCAACCUCGGUGACCUGAAGUUGCAGAUAGAUAAAAAGCUCGGCCCCGAACGGUCCCAGCAAUAUUUUGCUUAUUUGACUCUGUUAUUGUCACAGAGGUUGAGCAAACCAGAUUUCAACAGGUACUGCCUACCGAUCCUCGGGCACGAGAACAUCCAUUUGCACAACCAGCUUAUUCGCUCGAUCCUCAAGAAUGCCUUUCAGGCAAAAACUCCACCUCCACUUGGCCCUGAGAAGGCUACUUUCAAGCCCAUUGAAGCUGUUGGAAAGAAAUCGUCUCAAGAUGAAAGCAUGGUUAAUCAUUUGGCAGCACCGACACCGAUGUACAGUGUAUGGUCCAAUGGGAGUAUCUUGUCACCAUCUUCUCACAAGGUCAGAUCGUGCAUUCAAGACCGGAGGAUCAAAGACCGGCCUAUUCCUCUUGGACAGAAUGGAACAGCGGAUGCGACUUACCAUGAAUCCUCGGUGCCCUUGGACAAGAAUGUUGCCACAGAGAAUGGCACUCUUGGUCCUCGGAAUCGGAAGAGACCGAUGCAGCAUCAUCAAGGUGUUCCUUCAGAACAGCCUGCAAAGCGAUCACGAGCAGGAGAUUUGACACCUCAUGCUCAAGCUUUUCUAGAGAGCAAGGAUUUGGUUGAGGUUGAAGCCAUGAAAGAUAGGGAAGAGUUGCGACAAGCUGUUGAUUUGUCCUCUGGGAGAGGACCUCUUGAGGCUCCACUUGGCGUUCCUUUCUGUCCUGCAAGUUUGGGUGGGGCACAAAGAUCUUUGCCUUUAGGAACUACUUCUAGUAGCGGUAGUCUUACAAGUAACUAUUACCAUGGAGAAUUAUGUCAUAGCGAGAUAUUGAAGAAAAGGAUGGAGAAAAUAGCAGAAGCACAUGGCUUGGAGGGAGUCGCAUUGGACUGCUCUAACCUAUUAAAUAAUGGCCUAGAUGCUUAUUUGAAGCGUCUAAUUAGGUCAUGUGUUGAGUUAUUAGGAUCAAAGUCAGGUCAUGAUCAUAUGAAGCAUCCAUUCUUCCAGCAGCAAGCUCAGAUGACACCAAUUAACGGAGUUUGGCCUGGAAAUCACAUGCAUGCGCAGAAUAGUUCUGGAUCUUUAAACCACAUGCAAUGGCUGAAAACACACCCAGUAUCUGUUCAGGAUUUUAGGAUUGCAAUGGAGCUGAACCCACAGCAACUUGGUGAAGAUUGGCCAUUGCUACUCGAGAAAAUAUGCCUCCAUUCAUAUGAAGAUUAAGAUAGGAAAAUUUUGGGGUUUUUUGAUCCGUCAAAUUCUUGUGUGGUGAAUCUUUAAGUACCUCAAGGGUUGGUUUUAUUUUCCUUUCUUGGCUUCACUCAAGGAGCAUUAUCAUGGACCAAGGCAAAAUUAUUUUUCUAAUAUUCCUGAUGUGUUCAAAUGAACCAAACGUCAGUGCUGGAAGGAAGUUUAGUUUUUCCCUCUUUGGCUCAUUGCUGUAAGCUUUUAAUAAGAAAGGGGUUGUUCCACCAGAACCAGAGAGGUCAAGCUUUUCUAUGGUUUUCAGCAUGCUCAGAGAAAAUCAAUUUUGCAAAAUACUGAUGUGUAACUUUUGAUAUAGGUAUAUGUAGGUUCUUAGAGGGAUUGCUGUGUAUGUAACAUUACUUUCAGAAGUUGCUUGGGUAGUUAUAGUUAGUGGCAGCCUCCUACUGUUUCAUGAUUGUUCGGAAGAAAACUUUGUGCCAUCCAAAUAUGAUACACAUCUAAGAAAUUGAGUAUCUGGAGAUGUCCUUUAUGUUUUUUCUUACAGAGUUUAAUCUAGAUAUGUUCGAAGCAUUAUGAGGGAUUACAGAGUUGGUCAUUUCCCACUCGGUGAUGCUCUUUAUGUUAAGGUGAUCUGGAGGGUUGACGCUUGGUUGAAUUUCAAGGAAUAAGGUACAUCCUCCUAGCGGUCUUCUGGGUCUUACUAAAAUUCUGUUCCCUAAAUUUUCUUUUGCUGUCUUAUGAAAUUCUCUUUUCUAAAUUUGCUUUGGCUAAGAUGUUAGCACCAACUCCUGUAGUGUUGGCAUCAAGUUGGUAUCUGGUUGCAAAGACUGCUCAAAUCUUUGUUAGAACCUUCUUGUCUCGAAGAUUUUGUUGCACAAUAUAACCAUUUUAAUGGGGAAGGAUUUCAACGAUUAAUGGUAGCAUUACUGACCUUGCCAUCACUGGAGCUAUUAAUUUGUAUAAAGCAAGAGAUCUUUUUUGAAGAUUGUGUAAAUCUACCAGAGGCUUAUAGAUUGAGAAUUCAAAAUUUCAUUCACCGUGGUGAACCUCAUGUUUUGUUAGAACUGUGAUUAAAUGAUACAUGCUGCAGACUGUUUAGGAAGAAUCACUGGUGAUUCUUUUUUAGUUCAAGAUUGAGCUUAUAUCGUAGAACCAACAAGACCAGGAAGGAAAGUUGCAGACUCUGCUGGUCAGCACUACUUAUACGCCAAAAUAAAUUUAUAUGCUUAUAACAAGAUUUUAUGUUGAUUGAGCAUGACAUCUUGUUAUAACAAUUUAUAUCUUCUAUAACAGACCUCUUAUCUAAGAAGCAGGGAGAUAUUUUCUGAUCAAUUCAAUAGAUUAUGCCGCAGCAUCACAUCGUGACACUCAUGCAGUCCUUGGUACCAAAAAUGGAGAAUCUUGUUCUUCUGCAGCAGGAUGACAGUCGCCAUAUCGAUCCCUUCCUCUGCUUCAGCCUCUUUGGUGUCUCCAUCUCAGAAGCAGAGAGAGAGAGAGAGAGAGAGGGAGAGAGAGAGGAGAUGAGCUUAUGGUUACCGUGCUUCCGAGUCUCUACGCGGGAGGAGACGGCGAGCCAAGCUCGCUUGACGGGGAAGACCACCCCCCUCCGCCACCAGGACACCACGGUCUUGGCCUUCAUCCUCUGCCGCCGGUUCGCGCAGUCCGACGCCCGCCUCCUUGCUCCCGCCAGUCCUCCUUCCUCGGUGUACCGUUCCGACGAAGAGCACCACCCCCUCCUUCUACGUCCGGUGACGCAAACGGUUGUCGGUGCACAGUUUCUCGUGUCUGCAUCCCUCUCUGUUCUGGUCCUCCUCUUUAUUCUCUCCUUUUUCCUUCUUGGCUUCCGCGGUUGAUAUUGUCACCCUCAGAUCCAUGAGAAGUUGCCUUACAAAGAGGGCUUGUUUGUUCUACAUUAAAUUAUUCGGGAUUAAAUCCCGACCCUUCGAGGGGUGAAAAUAUCAAACUGACGACGUGAACGCAUCCAACCAUCUCCGCACCCACUCUUCCAACUCUGCUUCGACACGUGUCGGAUACAACCUCUCGUCCCGCGUGACGGACAAAAGCAGCCAAAGGUAAUUUUACACGUCAUCAUAGUAUGCUGUGCGCUGCUCUGGAUCUGCAGCAAAGCGGUAAAAAAAAGUGGAACAGUUUCAGCGCCGCAGGGAGACGCUGGUCGGGUGCUGAUUAGCUAACGUGUCGACUUCCAAUUGGAUGAUUCGUUGGAAGUGUAGAAGGACGUCACGAGAUACACUACCACCCACACGUGCCUGUCGUAUUCUCUCCAGAAAUUAGAUACACGCGUGGAAAACUUACUCCUAGGUGGCGAGCUGCUAUUGGACCACAACUCGAGGCAUCGUGAACCAUCACACCGCUAUAUAUUGAGGCAGAAGCCGCAGAAGAACCCUAAUCUCCGGCCGCCUCUUCCCUCGCUGCGGCGCUCUCUCUCCCUCUCUCCCUCUCCCUCUCUAAGAUCUCUCCGGUGAGGUUUUCGUGUUCUCUCUCACUCUCUCUGUUGCUUUUUCGCUUGCCAAACUUUAGACCUGCUUUAUCUGAAGAAGGAUUCGGCUCUUGACAACGAGUCAAACAGCAGGCGCCUUGUGAUCCAUGGCGAUAUACCUGUCUGCCGCAUGGAGCCGAUAUUAGGUCGCCGGACGAAGAUUGCUUGGAUUUCUUAUUCCUUCAAUCCAACGCCACAAUACCCGGCCACAUAUCCACACCAAAAACUUAGAUCCUCUUCUCCCCCUUUGUUUUCUUUACUCGUUUUUCAUGUAGCUUAUAGUUCUUCUAAUGCUAGUUUUAUAUUGCAUGUUACUGAUUUUGAUCGAUGGAUGAAUGGCAUUUAAUUCAGACAACGGGUGCUUUGUUCUCACAUAACAAGCCACCUUUUGCACGGUGCCUACAGAGAGAUCAAACACCGUGAGGCUGCCACACGAUUGUGGGGUGUGCUUACUCUUGUUAGCCCCCUGCAAAUUUAAAGCUGCCACAUUUCUCUAUCUCAAAUAUCAUCCUUGUUUCUCAAAUAUCUCCGGUUUUAGAUUAAUUUUCAGCAUCAUUGUUAUUGUUGUUUCGAUCUUCAUCAUCAUCCUCAUAGAGUUCAAUCAUCGUUUCUAAAAAUCUUGUUAUCAGGAUUUCACAGUUAGGAAUUGAAUUGUGCAAACCAGAACUGGUGGUCUUAAUGGUCUUAUUGAUUAAAGGAUACUAGUGGACAUUCGAACAGAGUUUUGGACACAACAAAUUAUGGAAUAUUGGUGAAGAUGUUUAAAAUUGCUGGCUUUGAGUAUAUUUAUGAAUGAUUUAUUUUUGAUCUUCCAUCUCAAAUCUUUUUUUAAGAUAAUUCAAUUGCAUCUCUUUUAUUUAUAAAGAUAUCUUAAAAGUUUGAUUUAAUCUUUUUUUAUUUUUUUUGACUCAUCAACUUUACCUUUUUUUUAAGAUGUUCAAUUGUAAAAUAAAUUCAAUACAUGUCUUUUACUUUGUGACUCUCCUAUUUGAAUAUUUGAAAUAUUCAUCUUGCAUAUAAAUAUUUUUAUGAGUUCUGUGCUAAGGAGAAAAAUAGGCACAUAAAAUGUCACAGGGAAAUCAUCAAUCUCUUUAAAGGAGUCCAAAUGUCUUGACCAUCCAUGCUAGUGGAGAUCAACAAUGCUUAGUUAUUGCUACAGUAUGGUCAUUUUUUUGGAUUUAUAGUUUUGAGGAAGCAACAAUUAAAGCUGCAGCAAAAUGGCAGACAAGGCUGGAGAUUCUCAUUCAGGUGGAAUUUGAUGUUGUCAUCCUGUCUCAAUGAAACCUCCUCUUUGAUACAUUUUUAGUGUACUGAGAGACAAAAAGAUUGUUUAAUUGGUAUGUUAAUUUUGUGAUUGAAGGGGCUUAUUUCUGAGGAAAAAAUGGCUUUUUGUGAAGCA